AUGUCGUUUCUCUCAUCUAUUCAGGGUACGGUCCUACAAGGCUAUGCUGCCUUACAGGGUGCUCAAGGCCAGCCGCAAUCUGCCAACGAAACUCUCUCCAAACUGGUCGAUCGGCUCCAAAACUCCGUGCAACACGACGAUAGACGCAGUAGUUUACUCGGUAUUAAAGGAAUGGCUCGUGAUUGGAAGUCUGAAGUCGGUCGUCUGGCACUACCUGCAAUUUUAGAUGUCCUAUGUCGCGAGGAUCUAGCGGAUGAUGUAGAUAUGACAAAAUCAGUCCUCGAAACACUUCAUGUACUUUGUGAAGUAGAGGAGAAUGAGACAGGUAAAUUAUCUAAGGCGGGUUCGGGUUUAGCAAAUGUAGACGGAUUUUUGAAGCUACUUGGGACGCUUCUCACCGCUCCUGCACCUCGGCCACAUACUUUGCAAUCAUACCUUCUCACUGCACCCGGCGGUUUGGGUACAAUACUUUCUAUCUUGGAUGACACACGUGAAAUCAUCCGCAACGAGGCUCUCCUACUCCUUAUCAGUAUCACUGAGAAGAAUGCCGACAUUCAAAAAAUCGUUGCCUUCGAAGGUGGAUUCGAUCGAUUGUUCAAUAUUAUCUCACUUGAAGGCGGAAUCGGUGGCGGUGGAAUUGUCGUACAGGAUUGUUUAAUAUGCAUUGGCCAGCUUCUACGUUACAACGUCUCAAACCAAAACUACUUCCGGGAGACUUCUUGUAUACCUCAUCUAGCACCAAUGUUACUCUUUCCACCUAUGACCGAUCCAUCAGACGAGGCUUUGGACGCAUUUGCAACCCAGCCAUGGACUGCGCAAAAAGUCACAAAUGCUGCCUUGGUCAUUUCCUUAGCUCGUACUCUCGUUGCUGGAGGGGGGACUGGCAAGUCUGCGAAUCAAAAAGCUCUUUUGAACGGUGGCUUUACACGCUGUCUGGCCGAGAUUGGAUUGGCAAGCACUUCUCCACCAUCAUUGAAAGCAGAGGCGUUGAAUGUUCUUGCCAAUGUUAUCAAGGGCAGUCAAGUGAACCAAGAGUUCAUGGGUCGACUCGUCAUCAGUCCGAUCGCUGUAUCAUUACCUCCUGCUGUAAACCAGUCUCCGCGGCCAACUGAGUCCGAUGGACUGAAUCCAUCAUCUAACGAGCAGAAUUCAAAUCAGGGUGCCGCUGAGCUCUAUCGUGAAGCGCCUCAAGCCGCGGUAUUAUCUCUGAUGUCCUUAUCAAUCGAUGGACUUCCCGGUCUACGGAAUCUCAAUGUCACUGGUGAUCGUGACAUUCUGCGUGUACGAGCCGCGGCCGUGAAUGUUCUCGAUGCGUAUCUUUCUGGAAACUCUGAUGCUCAGACAGGCAUAGCAUCUACUAUGAGGAUCCUACCUCCCAGUAAUGAACCUGGCACGAACAAUGACCGGCCACCUCAUUCUCCUGGAUCGCUUCUAUUAGAAGCCCUUCGCACAUUGCCAGUCUCUCCGAUCAUAGACUCUUAUACCACAUUCUUUGCCUGUCUCAUCUUCACAUAUCUAUUGCGUGGUUCUGAACACGCCAAGGAGAUUGCCCGCCAAAUCAAGAUAGGAGGUGAUGACAUCACGGAAGAAAAGCUAUCUGCAGAAAGUGAUGAAGAUGGAGAUCAAACUAGUCUAGUGCAGAUUCUCAUGGGCAACCUGAUGAUGGCGCAAAGAGCACAAGGUCACGAUAACAACGCGGGCGAAGGUCUGCAACGGUCGUCAGAUUGGACACGUAUCAUGAUUGGCUAUCUGAUCGUUCUGGCUUCAUGGUUAUGGGACAGUCCUCUGACCACGACUGAGAUGCUCAGCGAAGGCACAAACUUACAGGUGUUGAUCGAACCUGUCGGGCAGGCAUCAGGCGUAGAUCCUUUGGUACAAGGGCUAUGUGCGUUUGUCUUGGGCAUUGUAUAUGAAAACGAUCGAGAUUCCAACUCGCCCAUUCCCCGGGCUACAUUGCAACCCAUUCUUCAGUCACGUAUCGGACCAGAUCAGUUUGUGAAUCGAAUUCUUCGCUUACGUGAAGACCCGCGGUUCACCGACAUCGGACCUGAUGUCUUGGAACUGUCCGAGCAAACAGCGCCUCCAUCGGAUAACGAUGACUAUUCUCUCACAGCUGGACUCUGGUUUGAUUGGCCGUUUGUAGAGUUCUUCAAAGCUAACUAUGUUUCUGUCCAGCAUUCAAUUCUAUCGGAUCCAGUCUCGUUGACCACUAGUCGGCCUACUACUGAAGAUAAUUCGCGACAAAACGAGUUGAUCGCUAGUUUGAAAGGCCAAAUCGCCGAUCAGGCUAAAGACCUACAAGCGCUGGAGCAAAAGAUAGAGCAGCUAACGUUGGAGCGGGAAGAUGAUCGACAGGCAUUCAGCACGGAGAUCAGAUCGUUGACUGAACAAGUCGUGAAAUUGAAGGAAGAGGCCGAAAAGAUGACGUCUGCACAGAAAGAGAGCGAAAAGGAGCAAGAAGAUUUGUUGGUGCUGUUAGAGGAAGUUACCAAUAAACGAAAGUUAGACAAAGCUCUGAUGAAACAGAAGGGGUUAGAUGUGAGUGAAGAUGAAGAUGAAAGUGAAUGACGGAGCAGUUUGAGCGAUCUAGAUGUGAUUUAGAGAGGAUAUAUAUAUAUAUCGAUUUCGAUUGGUGAGCAUGCCUUUGAUUUGGCUCCAAAUCACUUGCUCGUCAUGUUUGCUCUUUUGAUAUGUUGUAAAACCUGCAGGAUCUCAUGCAAUUUGUCUAGCAUUCUACUGU